UCAAAGCUACACAUGUUUAUUAUAUUUGUCAAGCUGGUUAGCCUAGUGCCUAAGCAGCUAGGAAACGUAAAACCAACCGUCUCGCCAUGCACCGGUGGAUUGUGGGUAUCGAGGCUCAUCACGUUUUAGAUCCAGCAUGGCAGGGAAACAGAGAAGAAAAUUAGAAGAUCUCAGUGUGGAUGAGUUUCUGUUGUCCGGAUUUGACUCUGGAGGUGAAGAUGAAUCUGAAGAAGAGACCCCGAAACUGAAUGGUAUCAAGAAAAAGAAGAAUGUGGUAAAAGCUACAUCAUCCAAAACUGAAGUAAAUAGCAAAGGUAAGGCAUCGGAGCACAAGCAGCAGCUGUCCAGGUUAAAGAACAAAGAUCCAGAGUUUUACAAGUUCCUGCAAGAGAAUGAUCAAAAGCUCCUGAACUUUGACGACACGGACAGCUCUGAGGAUGAGGACGAGGAUGAGGAUGAGGAAGAUAAAAAGUACCACAGAUUACCAUCCAAACUGGAGGAAGCCAGCUCUGGUGAAGAAGAAGAAGAUCAGAAAGGUUCUAGAAAAACCAAAAAGGCAGCGGAGACUAUCAAAGUCACAGAAAAAAUGAUUGAAGCCUGGAAAGUUGCUAUGAAGCAGCAACCCACAUUCCGUCUGUUUAGAGAAGUGACACAGGCCUUUAAAGCAGCUGUUGCUACAACCAAGGCUGAAGGAGAGAGCCAGUGUCGUUUCAAAGUGGCUGAAAGUUCAGUGUUCAAUGCAUUGGUCUUGUUCUGCAUCAGAGACAUUUAUGGUGCCAUGCAGAAGAUGCUCAACCUAAAACCAGACAAAGAACAGAAAAAGUUGGUGCUGCCGUCAUCUAGUCAGAGGUGGCAGAAAAAUCAAAUUGAUAUCAAGAUGUAUCUAAGCGGCGUUGUCCAGCUGUUAUCCAGUUUAACAGAGGCCACAGUCAUCAGCACUGUCCUGCGACAUACCAACCAGCUCAUACCUUAUUAUCUUUGUCUUCCAAAACAGUGUCGUCACUUGGUUAAGCAACUGCUGAAGCAGUGGAGCACAGGGGAGGAAACAUGUCGAGUUCUUGCCUUCUUGGCACUCAGCAAAAUCUGCAGGCAGAAGCCAGAAACAUAUCUUAACCUUAUUCUCAAGCAAAUGUACAUAUCCUAUGUACAAAACUGCAAGUUCACAUCUCCAAAUGCGCUGCCUAUGAUCAACUUUAUGCAGCGAUCACUAACUGAGAUUUACGCCCAGGAUACACAGAUCACCUACCAGCAUGCAUUCAUCUACAUCCGACAACUAGCCAUCCACCUUAGAAAUGCUAUGACCAUGAAGAAAAAGGAAACGUAUCAGUCGGUUUAUAACUGGCAGUACAUCCACUGUCUGUACCUCUGGUGCCGGCUUCUCAGUACGCUGCAUUCCAGUGAUGUUCUGCAGCCUCUCAUCUAUCCACUCUGCCAGGUCAUAAUCGGGACAAUCAAACUGGUGCCCACACAAAGAUAUUACCCUCUCAGGAUGCACUGUUGCAGAGCUCUCACCCUGCUGUCGAGCAGUACCAACACAUUUGUACCUGUUCUGCCUUUCCUCCUGGAAAUCUUCCAGCAAGUGGACUUCAACAAGAAACCUGGACGAAUGAGCAAGAAACCGAUCAACUUCGCCGUCAUCCUGAAGCUUAACAACGUUAACCUAACAGAGAAGGCGUACAAGGACGGAUUGCUUGACCAGCUCUAUGACCUGAUAUUGGAAUACUUCCACACUCAGAACAGCUCCAUCGGCUUCCCUGAGCUCGCCCUGCCCACCAUCUUCCAGCUGAAAGCGUUCCUGAAGGAAUGCAAAGUGGCCAAUUACUGCAAGCCGAUGCGCCAGCUGCUGGAGAAGGUACAGGAGAACAGCAGCUACAUCACAGGACGGCGACAGAAGGCUGCUUUUGGAGUGGCCGAUGCCACUGCUGUGGCGGCUUGGGAGAAGCAGGUGCAGGAGGAGGGGACUCCUCUGAGCAGAUACUACAAGCAGUGGAAGACGAUGAGGGAGAAGGAGAUUCUGCUGGAGAUCUCUGGCAAAGAGAGGAUGGAGGACCUGAACCUCCCUGAGAUCAAACGCAGAAAGAUUCAAGAGAAGGAAGAGGACAAGAAAGAAUUUAAGGGUCUGUUUGAGUCUGAGUCUGACUCUGAUGAUGCUGGGCUCAAAAUUAAAGGUAAAAAGAACGACGACGACGGGUCUGAGGAGGAGGAGGAUGAGGAGGAUGACCUUGACGAUCUGUCUGACAUGAGCGGAGAUGAGGGUGGAGCCUCAGAUGAAGAUGAUGAAGGGGACGAUGAAGGGGAUGAAAAGGCGUCUAAGGCUCCUCAGCCGCUCUCUUCCUCUGCUCUGAUAAAAGUAGCAGAGGGAGACGAGGAUGUGGUGGAGGACCUAGAGUUGUCUGAUGAUGACUGAGGCUCAUGAAUACACGUAAUCCCCUGUGAGACCGCUACCAUUUAAACAUCUAAAUCGGACUUUUUCUUUAAUUUUCUUUAAGUUUUGUAUUAUCUAAAUUGUACAGUACAUAUUUGCUGCAAUUUUAUGAAGCAUUGAAAAUGUUAAAGAAAGACCCCUUGCCUUUGCUUUUUUUUUUUUUUUUUUUUAUUAGAUGCUAAUUAAUUGAAGCAUGUGCAUGUUGAUAUGCAAGUGUACCUGGAGUAAACCAUCCGCGUCCUCUGCAUGUGCACACCUGUACGCGCCCCCAGGCUGUGAGCGCGGGGCUAUUUGGAGCCGCGCUGAGCCCGGCCGAGCCAGACCGCGUCGGCCAAGAGGGGGGGUACAGAGAGGCGGGUGUUGAGCCCCGAGGCAUCGGUGCUGUGCCAGGAUGGCAGGGUGGCGUCUGAUGCCUUGCCAAGCCUCUCUGCCCAGGUGGUAGAGCAGCAACACAGGCUGGUCUGUUUCAGUGCCAACUCCUCCCCCUCCCCCCCUCAGACCACUGUCUUUUCUCUGUAUAGCCACAUGCUCAAUCACAGCUCUGCUGCUAACUUACUCAUUAUCAUUACUUUUGUUGUCAACCACUAAACUAAUGAACGCUG